CAACAAUGAAGCUUGGGCUCAUACUAUUCAACCUAAACCAUUUGACCAACAUAUAAAUACACAAAAACCCAUUUUCUACAAGUCUCCUAGGGUUUACGAAUCACUCGUCGUUGCUGCAACCUUUCCACAUCUACAAUGGGUAAGGGAACUGGAAGUUUCGGUAAGAGGAGGAACAAGACCCACACUCUCUGUGUCAGGUGCGGCCGCCGCAGUUUCCACCUUCAGAAGAGUCGGUGCUCGGCGUGUGCUUACCCAGCUGCUCGCGUCAGGAAAUAUAACUGGAGUGUUAAGGCAAUCCGUAGAAAGACCACUGGAACUGGUAGGAUGAGGUACUUGCGCAAUGUUCCUCGCCGUUUCAAGAGUGGCUUCAGAGAGGGAACUGAAGCUGCACCUAGGAAGAAGGGAGCUGUGGCUGCUUAGGCUUUUUUGAGAGUUGUUGUUUGGUUGGGUACGGAGUUUAUAGAAGUAGUUUGUUAUUUGUGAUUGGGGCAAGUAUUUUUGAACUACUGUUUUUACAGCCUCAUUGUUUCAGUUUUGUUUUCUAUCUGUACUGUACUUUCUUGAUAUUUCAAUAUGAUUAUAAAACUAUUUCAUUGUUCA